UCUUCGCAACAUCAAACCCUAAAAUUUUUGUUAUCAUCAUCAAGUUUUUAAUAUUAUCAAACUCUAUCGGAUUAACAAGAUGGAUAAAGUUAUGAACCUAUUGAAAUGUUCGGGAUCAUCCGAUAAUUCCCUCCUCUAUGGGAACAUGACUUCAAAGACUUUUCUUAAAGUACCACGAUGGCUAUGGAGUUUAUUACUGUUAUGUUUGAUAACUGUGAAUGCGUUAUUUAUUGCCAUGUGUUUAUCUGUUGAUACCUCUUCGAUACUACACUACAAAUCAUAUGAUUGUAAAUAUAUUGAUGAGAGUGCUCCAUCAUUGAUUGAAUACAAGGGUGCUGAUUCCUCUUCUACCUAUUAUUAUUAUAUUCUCAAUGUUACCCUGUAUCAUGAUGAUGCUAGUACUAAUGGACAAGACUUGGUUGUUUUAUCAUCAGUGCUAUGGGAUGAUUUUUGUAAGACUUCUUCAUCUGCAGAGAGUAAGAAGUGUCUGGAGGAAUAUAUUGGAAGUGAUCAUGACGAUUCAUUCACUUGCUAUGCUAUUCAAGCAAAUGUUGAGAGAUUUGCCACUAAAAAGAUUAAUAAUAUUGGAGGAAAUAGUAUUAAUAUUUCUCUCCGAAUGGAUAUGACCAGACAGUACAUUGCAGAGUUGUAUUGGGCCAUUCCACUUGCAUUAAUUAUUGUUCUAAUUAUUAUUGUUGGUUAUAUUCUGUUUGGAUUUUUCUACUUUGAGGGAAGAAGCAAGUUUUCACUUGAUAGAUUUGUUAGACAAGUUAUUAAGGAUCCGUUCGUGUUGAGCGGAGAUUCAACAACAUACAGAUUGGAGGAGAGCUCUUCAAUGAAUGUUAUUUUGCAAGAUCCAACAGAAAGACACAAGGAAGUUCUUUUAAGACUUGAUAAGAGAGCAUUGUUAUUAUCGGAAAACAAUCAACAAGAUGAGGAGCCAACUUCACAACUUCAAGAAAUUGCUCUUGCCUCACUCGAUACCAAUGAUGAUGGUAAUAAGGUACAUCCAGUUUAUUUACUCAUGAGAAGUACUGCCACUGAAGAACAUGAAACACUCCUCUACUAUGAAAGACCUUCAACAGACAAUAUGAAACGUUCUAGAAAGAGUACAUUGAGAAUGUUGAUGAUAUUUUGGAUUUUGGUCAUUCCAACAUUCUUCAUCAUGUUCAUUAUGGCCAUUCUUUCACUUGUCUUGUUGGAGAGUAUUAUUAUUUCAUUAUUCUUGUGGGAAAUUUCUAUCAUUAUUGUCUUUUUCCUUACUCACACCAGUUUGGUUAAACUCAUUCCAGUCUAUCAGGGCAUUCACUACAUGAUUACCUCGAGUAGGGUUGUUAUUGUUGAGACAUUGCCUCUCAAACUUGGAUAUACACUCCACUGUAUUACACACGAUAAGAUUGGACAAGUGUGGCAUGGAUCUUUGAAUGAGAAUCACCCAACUACUCAUGUCACUCUUGAAGACAGAAAAGAAGGUCAACUUUUGGCUGAAAUCAAAACCAACAAGGAUGAAGCUCUGGUUGGUGUUCUUUUCGAAUAUUGUACAGAUGUUCGUUCUUCAAUUGAUUUGAUUGAACACAGACAGGAAGAGUUGAACAACUCCAUCAAUUUUCACAAAUCAAUCAUCAAAAAAAUGUCUAAACGAACAACAACAGUUGAUGUGAAAAUUAACGAAGAAAGAGAACGAGUACUUGAUGACUUGGAUGAAAUAUUUGGUUCACCUUCGGAUGACGAGACAUCAGAGCAUCAUCAUCACAAUGCAAUAAAUUACAAUAAUUUAAAUAAUACUCGGAGGAAGGACCCAUACAAGAUUGAUUCUGGCUUUGGAAAGUUUUCACUCAAGGCACGAUUACUAUUUGUCUUUCUAGUACUUGUAGUGUUAAUGGGUUGUGGAUAUGUUUCCAUUCGGAUGAACAAGUCGAAGAGUGAAAUUGUCGGAAAGGAAAAUAUACUUGUAGUGCCAGAUGGACCCUCAUCAGCAUUAAAUAAUUUUGAAAGAGCAGACUAUACACAAAUAACGAAUAGGAUUAGACAUUUAGUGGUGAAUCAGUAUGCAUCCACAUCGGGAGUGGGUGGACUUAUUGAUCCUAUGAAUGAUAAGAUUUCACACAAACAACAGAAUGAGGAAUUGUAUAGUAAAUUGAGAUUUCACAAUUCGGCGCAUCAUGGCAAUGGACAAUCGAUUGAUUUUUCACAAGCAUCAUUUGUAAUGGAAAAUGUUUGCAUGAAUAAGAAGGGAGAUUUGAUCUUUUACACAACUCAGGAAUUAUAUGAUUCGGUUUACAAACAAUUAUUUGGAAUUACACAUAAUGAAAAGGUAAUUUCCUUCUUGCAAACAUGGAGAAGUGGAAAGAGAGGAUCAGUCAGUUUGAAUUUCAUGUUCAAAAAGACUAAUAAGGACUUUAAUUUCAUUCAAAAUCCAACAAUUGCCAUGAAUAGAUAUGCAGCAGGAAGUUUAGCUCACUUUUUCAAUGAUAAUUUGAUUGCACUCAAUGAGCUUAUUUACAAAUUUGAUUUGGAUGUUAAGGAUCUUGCUAUUUUAUUCAUGGAUGAAAUAAUUUAUGAGAGAGGAGUUAAAGAGGAUAGUUCGUGUGAAACUAGUCCUUCGAGACAAGUCCAUUUACAACAUCAAGUGAAUGUCAAAACUGGAAAACAUUUAUUCUGUGCGGAGGAAAUGUCUACCUAUCACGGAAAAAAGAAGGAAGCCAUUCAACAAUCUUUGCAGUGGACUCAGAUAUUCUCUACACAACCUAUUUUACAGAAAUGCUCGUACAAGAUUGAAAAGAGAGAAAUGAAAAUCUCUGAACAACCUUCCAGUCAACUCAUUUAUAGAAUUGAAAAAGCACCUUGUCCAAUGGAUGAUCCAGAAUCCAAGAGACCAACUUCAAUGAUAUUUUCUGAGGAAAAAGCCAUUCUCGAUAGAAAUCAAGUUGAUAUAUGUUUCAAAAAGCUCGUAUUUGGAGUUGGAGAACGAUCUAUUUCAUUUGGUAAAAAUUAUGGAAAAUAUAGAGAUAUUUCCAUUCAACUUUUGAGAAAGAGAAUUAUUUCAAAUUUGGGUUUACUUGGAGGAGGAAAACCUAAAAAGACUAUCAAGAUUGUAGUUUUAGGAAAAUUAACAACACACGAAAGCAACAAUAUUUUCAACUCUAAAGAAUUGGAAAAGAAAUUGGAAAAUCUUGCACAGGAAAAAUUCAUGAUUGACUUGGGUUAUUCUGUUCAAAUAAUUCCACUCGAUGUUUCAUCAGCAACUUCAUCAGGACUCUAUGGAAAGAAUGAGGAAAAUUCAUUAAUUCAAAUGGUGAGAUUCUUCUCAUCGGUUGAUGUUUUUAUUACAAAUUCUGGAAGUGCAUCCUAUUGGUCUUUGUUUAUGCCAGAAAAUUCUCAUCUCAUCAUUACUCCUUUUUGUCCUCGUCAAAAGCAAGCAGCUGCAGAUGGUGUCAAUAAGGUAGGUGCAUCCAAACAACCAAGCGAAAACAAACAAUCAUGCCACGAACCUUCAAGUAGCUCUCUUGCCUUCCAUCAUUCACUAUCUCACAUGCAAGUUUUAAGUUUGACACAAGAAGAUGUAAAGGCAAGCCAUUUUACAGAGUCAGAUUCAUUGGGUCAAGUUGAGAUUGAUAUUGAGCGAGUUUACAACAAAGUUUCCAAACUUGUGGAGAGUAGAUUUAUCUAA